CCUACCGGUUAAAUAUGUAGAUAAAUACCUAGUUAAUUCACCAUUAAACAAUAAACUCUUUGAGUUAAUUGCUCCGAGGCCUUAAACCGUUUGUUUUCUGUUGGUUUUCUGAAAUUUGAAUUAUUCGAAUUCGUAAUAAUUCGGUUACGAAUGCGUUGCGAACUUGCGAAGUUGUGAAUUCUUUUAGUUUUGUUUCACUCGAUUGUUAUUUAAUAUGUUCUGUUUUGAUAGCAACCUGUUGUUUGGGUUCUUUUAAUUAUUCAAGUUAAGUUUUGAUUAGUACCUAGUUGAGUUUGUUGUUAAUUUUAAAAUGGCUUCUAGGAGGAAGGUGUAUUGUGUUUUUGGAUGUAGUGAAAUGGGAGCAUAUAUGCAUCGUUUCCCUCACCCUACAAGACGACCGGAGUUGUUUACUACCUGGAUGUCAAUUGUAGGUGAACGACUAAAAGAUCUUGAGCCUGACAAGAUCUAUAGAAACAAGAGAGUCUGUGAUUACCAUUUCAAGCCUGAGCACAAAGUUUCAUGUCACCGAUUACUAAAUUUGUCUGUUCCAUCAAUUAACUUGAAUGGUAUAUUUCCUUCUGUGAGUACAGCGGUUAACAUGGAACAUAACUAUUCUCAGCCAAGGAUGUGGCCUUGUGAGACAAGGGCAAAUGAAGAUAUUGAUGUCCCAUUAAAUCAACAAUUUUUAGAUAAAGGACUCCAAAAUCAACUGGAACCUGGAAUAAGCAACCAGCCUUCGACGUCCCAGAAGGCCAUAAAAGGUGCAGCUAGCGCGGCAUGCCAGGCCACGCCCUUGCGCUCGCACACGCCGCCGCGGCCGCCGCCACCGCAAUUGCUUAGAUUAUCGAGUGACUCAUCCAAUACGGUGGCCGCCAGCGAAGCGACGCGCGCUGACCUGUUGGCGCCUAGCGAGACGUCGGCUACGGGGAGCGUGCCUGCAUCGUUGCCGUCGAGCGCUGACGCCGUGUUGAGUGAAGUGUUGGAUAAAAUUACAACAAUCAAUGCUGUAAACCCGGUGAGAUCCAACCAUAUUUGUAUUUCUAGUUUUGACCCUGCUUUAAAUGAUUUUAAUGUUUGGUGUGAGGAAGUGGAUCAUUUGUGCCGUAUUAAUCGUUGGGACGAUCGCGAGUGCUUGGCACGUAUAGGUAAUUGCUUAAAGGGUGAUGCACGUGUCUGGCUUAGUGAAUGGUCUACUAAUGAGCGUUCGUGGUCUAUUUUUAAACGUGAUUUCCAAUCGUUGUGCCCGCGUAGAAUAGAUAGUGCUAACAUCCUAUUCGAAGUUAUGAAGACAGAUUCCGAUCGUUAUCCUACAUAUGCUGAGUAUGCUAGAAGUUCACUGUUGCGAUUACGCGUUGUCAAGGGUUUGAGUGAAGAAUUAAUAAGUGCAAUAAUUAUUCGCGGUAUAACCGACCCGCAGAUUCGUGCGGCCGCUACGAACGCUAACUUGUUACCCUGUGACUUAGUUGGAUUUUUGUCGAUUUAUAUUAAACCGGCUCAGACCCCCGUUCGUAAUAAACAUAUUGAGCCUCUAAAGUCUUUCGCGAAAAAGAGAACAUUAUAGUACAUUAUCUAAAUGUUUUAAGUAAAUGUAAUGGUUUCGGUCACAAACAAAACGAAUGCCCCAAACGCGUCAGAUUAAAUAAUACGUUUGAUAGAAAUGAGUCAUCGGG